CCCUGCCAAGAUAUGGAUUAUGACUUCAAAGUCAAGACGGCUAGUGUGCGUGCAAAGGUGGAGGACAUUUUCGAGUUCGAGGGCUGCAAGGUUGGCCGAGGCACAUAUGGACACGUCUACAAGGCUCGUCGUAAAGACGGGAGUGACAAUAGGGAUUAUGCACUGAAGCAAAUUGAAGGCACGGGUAUUUCCAUGUCAGCCUGCAGAGAGAUUGCGUUGCUGCGGGAACUGAAGCACACGAAUGUCAUUAGUCUACAGCGAGUGUUCCUCUCGCACAACGACCGAAAAGUCUACCUCCUUUUUGACUUUGCGGAGCAUGAUCUGUGGCACAUAAUCAAGUUCCACCGUACGGCCAAGGCCAACAAGAAGCAAGUUCUGGUGCCACGUGGCAUGGUCAAGUCUUUGCUCUACCAAAUUUUGGAUGGAAUCCACUACCUGCACUCCAACUGGGUCCUGCACAGGGAUUUGAAGCCAGCCAACAUACUUGUAAUGGGUGAAGGUCCAGAGCGAGGCAGAGUGAAGAUUGCGGACAUGGGCUUUGCACGGCUUUUCAACUCGCCCCUGAAACCACUGGCCGACCUGGAUCCAGUAGUGGUGACAUUCUGGUACAGGGCACCAGAGCUUCUCCUCGGGGCCCGACACUACACCAAGGCCAUUGACAUCUGGGCCAUUGGGUGCAUCUUCGCUGAGCUGCUGACCUCGGAGCCCAUCUUUCACUGCCGGCAGGAGGACAUCAAGACCAGCAAUCCAUAUCACCAUGACCAGCUAGACCGCAUUUUCAACGUUAUGGGAUUCCCCCAUGAAAAAGACUGGGAGGACAUCAAGAAAAUGCCAGAGCAUCAUACCCUGAUGAAAGAUUUCAAACGUUCAAGUUAUGCCAGCUGUUCCCUGGUGAAGUACAUGGAGAAGCACAAGGUCAAGCCUGAUAGCAAGGCUUUCCUUUUGCUACAGAAGCUGUUGCUUAUGGACCCAACCAAGCGGAUUACAUCGGAGCAGGCCAUGCAGGACCCUUACUUCUUGGAGGACCCUGUGCCCACCCAAGACGUGUUUGCUGGUGUGCCCAUACCUUAUCCAAAGAGGGACUUCCUUACGGAUGAAGAGCAGGAAGACAAAUCUGACGCAAGCAAGACAGCAGCUGCGAACAACCAAGGGGGUACCCAAGACAACAACAACCAUGGUCCUAGUGCGAAGAGAGUACGGAUGGCACCACCUACUACGACAGCAGCCAAUCAGAUGCAAGGUUACAAUAAAAAUUAUCAUGGUUUCAAGAAGCCUGAGAGUAGCCUAAGCUCCGGUGUGCCUCCCACACAACCACCAGUGUUGGCGUUCACCUCUACCAGCGGUACCACCCAGCCGUCUGGCCCGCCUACUUUCUCCCAGCGCUUCUGAAUGAUCUCUCGGCGGACGGAAUUAAAUGCCUACAAAACGACUGCCUCAUUGCCAUGAUCUGUUUGAGUACAAGCAGUGUUGUAAGCAUUGCCUCAUCAAGGAGCUUUUGAAAUACAUAGUCCGAAUACUUCA